AUGUCUGUAACGAAGAACCUGGCUGGAAAAGUGGCACUGAUCACGGGAGGCAGUCGAGGAAUCGGCGCUUCAGUCGCCAUCAAACUCGCCUCACACGGCGCAAACAUCGCCAUCAACUAUGUAUCGUCCGCAGCAGCCGCAAAUGCCAUAGCAGAACAAGCCCGCUCCCACGGCGUGGAUGUUAUCACUGUGAAAGCCGACGUCUCCCAAGAGGAAGAAGUAAGCGCCAUGUUCAAGACGAUCAUGGACAAGUUCGGUCGACUGGAUAUCGCGGUUAGCAACUCCGGGAUUGAGUAUUUUGCCGAUCAUUCAGAGACGACGGGGGCGGAUAUUGAUCGGGUUUUUGGGGUUAAUGUCAAGGGACAGUAUUUUGUUGCGCAGCAAGCGUACAAGUAUAUGGCGGAUUACGGAAGGGUUAUGUUGACUUCGUCAAUUUCGGCGGUCAAGGGUGUUCCUAGGCAUGCUGUUUAUGCUGCUUCGAAAGCAGCGGUUCAGGGUAUGACCAAGUGUCUUGCUGUGGAUUUUGGACCGCGGAAUAUUACGGUCAAUUGUAUUGCGGCGGGUGGUGUGAAGACGGAUAUGUAUGAUGAGAACUCGGCUGAGUAUAUCCCUGGUGGGGAUAAGAUGACACCCGAGGAGAUCGAGACUCUGUUGUCAAAGUGGUCUCCAUUGGGUCGGGUAGGGCUUCCGGAUGAUAUUUCGAACAUUGCGGCCUUUAUUGCAAGCCCUGAGUCGCAGUGGUUGACCGGCCAAACUUUCCAGGCUACUGGAGGUGCCUAUAUGGUUUAG